CGACCCAGGCUGCGGUCAAUUGUGCAAGAUCGUUCGAGUGAAGCGGGUCGCUUUCGUUCCUAGUGCUCUGGUGCUGCUGACUGGUGGACUUUGUGAACAGAAGCUUUUGGGUUGUAUUGAUCGAGACAGAACGUACCUGACCGAGUUGGUGAUACUUUGGCGUGUACAGUGUUUGGCGUGCGGUUUGGUUUCGGUGUCCCAGCGAACGAGAGUGUGCAUUUUUCGGGGUUGUACAACAGCCGCCUGUGUGAAACGGAACGAAAGCGGCAGCGUGCAAGAUCUGUGAUUUUUUUUGUUUGUGAACAACAAUUCCAGUGCGAUCAUAUACGCCAAAUUCAAACGAAACAUGAAGUCCAUCAUUUUGUGUCUGGUGUUUGUGCUGGCGUACGCAGGAGGUCAACGUAUCACCACCAUCCAGCUGGACGGUGUGCAGUACUUCAUCAGCCGGAUGAACCCGUACUCGCCGGAGUUGAACUACUUCCUUGCCUACCAGUAUUGCCGUUCGCUCGGACUGCAGCUUGCCUCGUUCGAGACAAAGGAGAAGGUAGAAUCGAUGACCGAGUACCUGCAGAAUGCCGGCUACGGCAAGUACAACUUCUGGACGUCCGGUAACCGGCUCGGUACGGGUAUGUUCCUGUGGAUGAGCACCGGUCUGCCGUUCAACGCCACGUUCGACUACUUCGAAAAGUCACCGGAAACCGUCGGUAUGGAUCCGCUCGACAAUAACAGCAACACCUCACCCCAGCGUACCGCACGCGAUAGCAGCAGCGGAUUGCAGAAGGGAUGCGUGCACCUGAAGGCACCAAGCCUACGGUGGGCACCGGAAGACUGUUCGGCCGUGAAAGAUUUCAUCUGCGAGCAAACGCGAUGCUACUACUACAACUACGGUAGCAUUCCGGUUUCGUCCGCACAGGGCCGUCCGAUUCAAACGUCCACUAGUACUUCGCUCUAUACUACGCUUGCUGCCACAACGACAACAACGACUACCUCCACCACGACGGAACCCUCGACGACUUCUGCUGAGGCACGCCAGUUUGUGUCCGUCUCCACCGUGUCCACGGUUGGGCCGCAGCUGAAUGCGGAGCAUACCUCACCAUUAGCUUCACUGUUGAACGGUGACAUCUUGGAGCAGGAUCGUACCGCACGUCCAUCAACUCCACAGCAUGCGAACACAGCCGAAGAGGAACACGACGAGGAGAUGGAGCAUGAUCAGGAAGAGGACGAUCAGCAGCUGCACGGUGACGAGCUGGAAGAGGAAGAUGACGAGUUGAAUGUGGUCGGACGUAGCAGUCAAAGUGCGAAUGCUGUGGCGGAAGAUGAAGAGGAUGAGGAGCACGAACAGGAUGAGCAGGAGCAUGAUGAAAGCGAUGACGAAGAUGAACAGGCGGCCGACUUACACCACCAGCAAGCACUUGCGGCUGGUCAGGAUGCUGUCGUUUCUACCCUUCCCGAAGAUAUCCCCGUUGAGCAAAAGCUGAAACAAAUCACCAAGGAAAUUGAACAGCUGUCCGGAGGUGCGGGUGAUCGCGAAUUACGUUUGGACAGUCGUCAGAGCUUCCUGUCGCUGUCCGAUCUGAUCAAGAACAUUCGCCCAGCGGAAAAGGUGGUACCGCAGAUCGAUUCGUCCUACGCUAACACGAUGCGCGUGCUUGGUGAACCACUCAGUCGGAAAAGAUAAGCGAAGCGUGCGCAUUCGGGAAUAGGGACGAUAGGGAGAGAUACAUUGGAAGCGUUACUUUAUAAACAGUUUUUUUUAUAGAAAGAACUACAGGCGUCGCAUUUAAAAUCGUGCAUACCAUUCAUCCGUCCAACGUUUUUGGGAAGUGUUUUAUUUCGCUAGUUUCCGGUUAGUCUAUGUCGGUUCGGUUGUUCCAUACAUUCUGCAAAAUCGUUUUAACAUUUAUGAAGUACGAUUAAUGCGGUUCUCUCUGAGGACACCAACCCAAUCGAUAACCAUAUUAGAUAGAAGCUAGUAUUGUUGAAACAUUGGGACAUAACUUCUCGAGAGAACCCCCGUACGCUAAUGUUUUUUUUUUUCGCCGAGCAUCCGGGGGAAUUUAAUGUCAUCUAUCUUAUCAUUCGACCACAUCUCCAUUCCCUCAUCGUCAUCACCAUCAUCGCUAUGUCCAUCAUUACCUUCAUCAUGCUCAAAUGGUAUUCGCAAACGAAACUGGCAGUAAUCGUCCAAGCAGUAGGGACAUUUUCAGCUGAUCUCCCCCCUUUUCGGGCAUGCGGAUGAGUUUGGCAAACCAUUUUAAAAUGAGCUUUUGAUUAACUUUACCGAUGGAAAUGGAAGAAUGGUCCACCGGGUAUUAAUUAAAAUGUCGUUUCCACUUGAUUCGUUUCGUAACAAUUCUUACCAUCCUUUUGAGCAGAUGCCGGUGCCAAGCCGGUACCGAAAUAGUUUCCAACCCGACCGGUAUUCAUUACCCAUCCCCACGAGCCCUCCGCCAAAACAUACAAAAUACGAGUGACGGAAUAAGGUUAGGCAUUAAGCAUGUAACAGAAUACGAACGGUAGCGUAAGUGUACUAGAAUUCUUGUGAUUUAAACUGAACACGAAGGAGAGAGAUCAUUGUAAGACAAGACAAAAGGGACAGGAACUGUAGCCGUCCAGACCGGGCAAUGCGUUUCCUCGGACAGACACACGUGCACACAGAGGAUGAAAGAGUAUGAGAAUGAAUAAACGAUAAGAUUUGUACAAAAAUCUCAUGAUGUCUUAACU